ACACUGUUAGCAUUUGGCAAUGGAGCACCAGAUAUCUUUAGUGUCAUAGCAGCAAUCACAAAAUCAAAAAAUGGAGAAGCAGGGCUGGCAAUUGGAGCUUUAUUUGGAGCCGGUAUAUUUGUGACAACGGUGGUGGCUGGAUCCAUCGCCAUAUCUAGACCAUUUAAGAUGGUUGAGCGUCCUUUCUUAAGGGAUGCUAUCUUCUACCUGGUAGCAGCCUUCUGGACCUUCUAUAUCCUCUACAAAGGCAGCAUUGUAUUCCUGGAAGCCAUAGGUUACAUAUUGCUGUAUCUCUUGUAUGUGAGCGUGGUGAUCGUGGGACGCAAAAUAUACCAACAUCAGAAACGGAGGAGACAGGAGCAGGAACAAGCUGUAGAAACAUACACUCCUGAAACUCAGGAACAAGCACCAGGAGGCGAGCUUUCUGCCACAGAGAGGUUAGCUGUGGCCAGUAUACUAGGAGUAGAUGAAGAGGUUGUUCGUAGCAUCACGCCUCUACCUCAUCAUACCAGUGACCAUGAUAGUAUUGAUAAUGGUAGGUGCAUCUAGGCUGUCUCU